AUGACAGGGCUGGCAGGACGAGAAGAGCAGUGCCCAAUGGUCAUCCAAAACCCAGAGCCAUCUCCUACUCCUCGGGGAGAACGUGUGACAGAGCUGUUUGUGCAUCAGCAGCGCAAGGUCACCUGUGGGAAAAGCAGAACGAGCUGUGGUCCUACAGAUCUUCACACUUUGAGACAUCUGCUGGGCAUUGAUGCACAGAGCUGCACCAAGAACAUCGGCCUGGAGCUGGCCAUGGGGUCUGUGUGCUGUGUGUCUGUGACAGCCACUGGGACUGCACAACAGCAACAGGGGCCAGCUGGGAGGGGAGAGUCGGGGCUCUGGGCCUGCACUCCCCUAGAGCUUCAGGUUCCUUUAGCUUUGACACUCAUCCCCGAGACAGGUCCAGGUCCCUUUUCAGGCACAGAGUGGGUGACUCAAACCCCCAGACUUACUGAGGAACAACAGGGUUGCAAAGAGAACUUGGAACCCUCUAGUCACCAGGCACCACAGCCUAGCGACAGCUACCUCGAGGUCACUUGCCUGACAGUCAUGGCAAGCAUGCUGUCCUGCUGGCCCAGGUGUGGAGGCAGCAAGCGCAGGAGCCCGCGCAAGGAAAGUACGUGGAUGAGACUACGGCGAUGGAUCCCUCCAUCCAGAGGACUCAAGAAGCUCAGAAGGAACUGCCCAACUGGCAUGGGCAGCACAGGGCUGGUGUGCCCUGACCCAGUGCCUAUGGAGCCUGAGGAAAGAGGGAGCCCAGGGCAGGUCUCCUUUGACCUGAUUCCCAUAUACACGGAGACACCGGCUACAGGCCAGCACAAUUCAGGUCCAAGGACCUCUAGUGGACGUCAGGCGGACAGGAGCGAGGCUGAGGUCUGCAGAGAACAGGCAGAGGAGGCAGACCCACCAUACACCCUAUCUGAGCCACCAGAACAGGCCUGGCUGGAGAGUUGCUCCAGCUACUUUGUGGCCUACUUCCCGGACCCCUCAAGGAUCAACAACCUGUGCCCACAAGAGGGGAUACUGGGACGGUCCAUGUCUGAUGUCGUUGAUACCUCUCUGGAGGUGGACUUGCAGGUGGAUCCCCCAGCUGAAGCCCUGGACCAAGCCGAGGAUAUUGAGCCCACCGAGACAGAGGCCAAGCAUGAGGAGGACUGGGCUGGAGGGUCAGAUCCAGACAAAGCUGAAGGACUACCUGUAGAGCCCACAGAGGCUCCAGCUGCAGAUCCACGCCCAGCUGUGAUAGCAGAGGAGGAAGCAGGACCAGAAAACCCCUGGGCACCAGCUGCAGGGCAGGGGAGCCUGGUGGCUCCACAGCAGGGCUCAGCUCCUGUGCUCCCUCUAGGGCCAGCUCCUGCCCCACCCCUGCCCUUCCCCCCAAUUACAAAGGAGUCCCUCUUAGCCUAUGUCUUUGCCCUGGUAUUCUGGAUAUACCAAUGUGAACUGCAGGGAGAAGAGGAAAAGCCAAUCGCAGUAGGACAGAAAGCUAAGGAAGGAGCUGAAAAAGGGUUAGACAGCAUGCCUGCAGCCAGACACAACGCUGGAGCCCUGGCUGCAGCAGGCAUGAGCGGGGCAGGAAACGGUCUCCACGCGCUUCCAGCGUUCCCCGCGCCAGCACCGCUUCCGGCUGGCGGUCGCCAUCUUGCGUCCUGGCGGGAGCCGCUGCCCGCACUAAAGAUGGCGGUCACGGGUGGGCGUGACUAG